AGUACUGAGUACUAGUGAGUAAACAAAGUGAUGCAAAGUCCAAAAGCACCCCAUUUUGAGAACACAAAAAGUAAAAGCAAAAAUUUGAAUAAUAUAUUACUCCGUUUAGCAACACCUCCGCUUCUUUCGAGUUACUUUUUGUCUUCACUCUUCACGUGACCAUUCUUUCAAGAUUCACUCUCUUUUCCUUACAUGUCCGCUUCUAGUUUCUCUCCACUUCCACUGCUUCAAUGUCACCACCACCACCACCACCACCACCGUCAACUGCCUUAGUUUGUAUCAUUUUCUUGACCCUCGUAACACUCUCCAGAUCUUCAUGUCCGCCCUUCACAGCCCCCCCUCCUUUCCCCUUCUCUACAUCACCCGGCUCCGGCCACCCUUUUUUUCAACUCAAAUGCUCGUCUCCUUACUCAACCAUCUCCAUCAACAAUGUUUCUUUUUCACUUUUAAGCUUCCAUCUCAACUCUUCUUCUCUCACUCUCUCCCCCCAUCUUCUCCGCUCCAACUGCUCCGCUUUCUCACUUCCUAACCGCUCUCUGAACCUCUCCGCCUCGCCUUUUAAAUUCUCCCAAUCUGACUGCUCUCGUCUCUCUGUAGUCAGAUCUUGCUCUGCUCCGAUUUUACCUAACUGCAGCCGUUGUCCGUGGGAGUGCAAGCUUAUCAAGAACCCGGUUCAGCUUCUCCAUGGUUGCGAAUCUAAUCGUCUUGUUCCUUCCGAACAAGGCUGCCAGUCUGAUAUUUUAGGGUAUAUUAACCAGAUUUUAACUGUAGGUAUCCGUGUUGAAUACGAUGAGUCUCAAGAUUCGUACUUUACUAACUGCAGAGAAUGCAAAUCCAAGAACGGUAUCUGCGGCUUCAAUUUGAAAGACCCGGAAAGGAAAUUCAUCUGCUCAUUACCUAAACCUCAAAUCUCACCGCCAUGGAUUCACCAAGACGACGCCAACCGGAUCGCCAUAUUGUGUUCAAUCUUUACAAUCCUCUGUUUAUUACUGGUCAUUUUAGUAAUGGCUGCAAUUUACAGGGCGAGACGAAUAAGAUCACUAACCAACGAAGAAGACCCGACAAUUCUUUUCCUUCAUCGCCAUCGUUCAGCUAGUUUGCUUCCCCCAGUAUUCACCUACGAAGAGCUCGAGUCAUCCACUAAUCACUUCGACCCGAAGCGCAAAAUUGGCGACGGAGGCUUUGGGUCGGUAUACUUAGGCCAUCUCUACGAUGGGCGAAUAGUAGCUGUAAAAUACCUUCACAAACACAACCAUUCAGCGGCAGCAGGAACAGCAUUCUCCACAAAAUCAUUCUGCAACGAAAUCCUGAUUUUAUCAUCCAUCGAUCAUCCAAAUCUUGUGAAGUUACACGGGUACUGCAGCGAUCCGAGAGGUUUACUUUUGGUUUACGAUUAUGUCUCUAAUGGAACUCUCUAUGAUCAUCUGCAUCUCUCAAAAAACUUAAACCUGACAUGGCAAGUAAGGCUUGAAAUUGCAUUACAAACAGCUUCAGCUCUAGAAUACUUGCAUUUUGCAGUCCAACCAGCAAUUGUUCAUAGAGAUAUAACUUCAUCAAAUAUAUUUGUGGAAAAAGAUAUGAGAAUCAAAGUUGGUGAUUUUGGACUCUCAAGGCUGUUAGUUUUCUCUUCUGAUAUGACCUCGUCGUCUUCCGGAUAUGUCUGGACCGGUCCUCAAGGUACACCCGGUUAUUUAGACCCGGAUUAUCACCGGUCGUUCCGGCUAACAGAGAAAAGCGAUGUGUAUAGCUUUGGAGUGAUAUUGUUACAGCUGAUUUCAGGGUUAAAAGCUGUAGAUCAGAGUAGAGAUAAGAGAGAAAUGGCUUUGGCUGAUUUGGUAGUAUCCAAGAUCCAAAUGGGUCAGCUCCACCAAGUGGUGGAUCCGGUUUUAGUAAAUAACGGUGGCGGUGGAGCGAAUGAAAGUAUAGAAGCGGUGGCUGAACUGGCAUUCCGGUGUGUGGCGGCGGAUAAAGAUGACAGGCCGGAUUCAAGAGAAGUGGUAGAAGAAUUGAAACGGAUCCGGAGCCGCACGAGUGGGUUUGGCGGGUCGAAUAAUUCAGAAUAAUGAGGUGACGUGGCAAAAGGGUGACGUGUGACAUGAAUGAAGAGCAGUGUUUGGUUGACUGUGUGAAAGAGAUGUGAGAUGUUCUUGUUUGGAAGCUUUUGAUGAAACAGAAUGUCAAAACUCAUCUGUCUUUCAAAUCUAACCUUAAGGUAAAAAAAAAUUACUGGAGAUUAAUUUCCUGAUUCAUAGAUUGUUGUUGUAUUCUCUUGUAUCAUAUGUAAUUUUGCUCAAUUAUUUACUAUCACAUUUAGGGAUGUGCAUUUAGUU